GCGGGGCCAAAGUGUCCGGCGUCAAACUUCAGCUGCAGUAGAAACUUUGUACGGUUCUGAUUGAAGUCGGAACUUUAAUCGGUUUUGUAUCGAUUUGAUCUGUUAAUGUAACUAUUUUGUAUAUGUGUAAAGAGAUCAAAGCGAAACUACACAUAGAGUCUAAUUAAAGGUUAAGUAAAGUUGAUCAAAGUCAGAGUUUAUGACUAGUCACGUUUACUAGCACAGAACAUUUAACUGUUUUCGACGAGUUGAGAGAAGUCUGGUCUGAUCUGGUCUGAUCUGUUCUGAUCUGUAUGUUGAGUUGGACACUGGAUUGGACAUCAUGGGAGAGCAGAGAAACUCACACUGUGGGGUGAAUGAGAAAUGUUUCUCCAACAGUGAAGCUCAGAAUGAACAUGGAGUGCAGAUGUUCUCAGAACCCAGUGUGGAGUCCAGGGAUCAGAUGGAGACCCACUUGUACAAGAGGAGAUGGCUGAUUGUGUUUUUGUUCAGCUCUUAUUCACUUUGUAACUCCUAUCAGUGGAUCCAGUACGGCAUCAUCAACAACAUUUUCAUGAAGUUCUACAAUGUUGACUCCUUCACCAUAGACUGGAUGUCCAUGAUCUAUAUGCUCACCUACAUCCCACUCAUCUUCCCCGUCACGUGGCUCCUGGACAAGAAGGGGCUCCGCGUGGUGGCCCUCGCGGCCACGGCCCUCAACUGCGCUGGGACAUGGAUCAAAGUGGCCAGCGCCAGGCCUGACCUUUUUCCAGUCACCUUUCUGGGUCAGGUGACCUGCUCCAUAGCUCAGGUGUUCAUCCUCGGGAUGCCUUCGCGCAUCGCCUCGGUGUGGUUUGGGUCCAAUGAGGUUUCCACCGCAUGCUCUAUCGGGGUUUUUGGAAAUCAGCUUGGCAUCGCCAUUGGAUUUUUGGUUCCUCCAAUCCUGGUUCCAAAUGUAGAGGACUUGGACGAGCUGGCCAAUCACAUUCAAGUGAUGUUCUACAUCACAGCGGGCGUGGCCACUUUCCUCUUCAUCCUGGUGCUCAUUGUGUUUCAGGACAGACCUUCUCUACCUCCAUCUCAGUCUCAGGCUUCAGUUCGUCUGAUCCCCACAGAGAGUUACUCAUACUCAUCCUCUAUCCUUCGGCUCAUUCGCAACACUCCCUUCAUCCUGCUCCUCAUCAGCUAUGGGUUGAACGUUGGCUGUUUUUACGCUGUUGGGACGCUGUUGAACCAGAUGAUCAUCCAACACUACCCGGGUGAAGAGGUGAAUGCUGGGAGAAUCGGUCUCACCAUCGUCAUUGCUGGUAUGAUCGGCUCACUCAUCUGUGGGAUCUGGCUGGACAGAACCAAAACCUACAAACAGACUACACUGGCCGUGUAUGUGAUGUCUCUGGUUGGUUUAGCCGUUUAUGCCUUCACGCUGGAUCUCGGUCACCUGUGGCUCGUCUUCAUCACCGCUGGAGCUCUCGGAUUCUUUAUGACAGGGUAUCUGCCUCUGGGGUUUGAGUUUGCAGUUGAACUCACCUAUCCUGAAUCUGAGGGGACGUCUUCAGGCCUGCUCAACUGCUCAGCUCAGGUGUUUGGGAUUAUUUUCACCAUCUGUCAGGGGAAGAUCAUUUACACUUUCAGCACACUGGCAGGAAAUCUGUUCCUGUGUGCAUUUCUGAUCAUCGGGACCAUUAUAACAGGAUUUAUUAAGUCGGAGCUCCGCAGGCAGAAUGCAAAUCAGCUACACAAGACGUCUGCUGCAGUCGUUCUGGAUUACGGUGCUACGACUCCGAUUAACUACUGAUCAAUUAAUCACCUUUCAGCACACGUAAGCACAGGUAAAAUCAAAUGGAUCACAUGUGAAUUCUAUUGCUGUAGGACCAGCUACAAGAAUGUAACCCCACUCCCCCCCCCCCCAACACACACACAUGUUCAUUUUUGUGUUCAAGCAGUAUUUUUAUUUAUUGUCCAAAUUUUCAUGUUUAUAUUCAAAUGUCUGAGUCCACUGUGGGUGUGUCCCAAUCCACACACCCUAAUUCACUAUACAGUCCACAUAAACACCAUCAGUCCAAUCUGGACGUGUCCCAGACCUCAUCACUAUGCCCCAGUUGGUCUCAGACAUUUAGACGUCUCUGUUUAACACUGAUAUUAUUUCAUGUUCCUGCUGUGAUCAAAUGAAGGUGAAAAGAGUGUAAAACACUUUAUUUCUGACUUGCACUUUAAUCACUGUGUCCAAAAAUAUUUCCAACGUCUGAAGUCAUCACAAGGAGAAGCGUGUUGCUCCGUACGGUGGUGUUUAAUCCACUAGACUUGCGUAUUCGCCUUAAGUGGAAUUUUUUAACUAAAUUAUUAAUAAGAGGUUCACAUUUCAAAAUGUACAAAAUGACUGGAAUUAAACUCUAUUAUUUCUAACAGGAGUAUUUAAAUCUUUCAAAAUCUGAUCAACAGUUUUAUUAACCGUAUAAACAUCACCCCUACUCCCUAACCCCUGACCCCUACUCCCUAACCCCAGCUCCCUAACCCCUACUCCGUAACUGCUAACCCCUACCCCUAACCCCCACUCCCUAACCCCCACUCCCUAACCCCUACUCCGUAACUGCUAACCCCUACCCCUAACCCCCACUCCCUAACCCCUACUCCCUAAUGCCUACUUUCUAACCCCUACUCUCUAACCCCCACCCCUACUCCCUAACCCCUACUCCCUAAACCCUACUCCCUAACUCCUAACCCCUACUCCCUAACCCCUACUCCCUAACCCACACCCCCUAAUCAAAACAUUUUAUAAACAUUUCUGUUGUAAAGUGAUUUAAAUAACUGGAAUAAAUGUGAAUGUUUUUGUAACCAAAAAAAAGGUUUAUUUUCUGUAACUUUUCUACUUGAAAAUUUGCCAUUUGUAAAAUAAUUAUGUUUCAGUGUGUGAUAAUUAUCUAAAGAAAUGUUUUUUGGUUUUUAAAAAUCAUGUUUUUAAACAUUUUUACUGAUGUAAUUUCAUUAAAAAAAUGAAUAAAGGGUUUAAAUUCCAACCCAAACUGGUUUAUGAACACAUUCAGCGUUCUGUUCGUCCGCAGCUUUUUAUUCUUUAUUACAAUUUAUUACCUUUUACUCAGUUCACCUGGACAUGCUCAGGUUCAGCUGCUGGAACAGUUUGACUUAUUUCACAAUAAGAAAGAGAAGUCAAUUUUUUUUACUAGUCUAAUUAAAACAAUUUCAAAACUUAAAAA